AUGGUAAGACACAAUAGGGAUAUACUUACUGGAGGUAAGAAUUAUGCUCAAAGGCAGGCCAAAAAACAUUUGGUGGAUGAAGUCACUUUUGACAAAGAAAAACGUCAUGAGUACCUUACAGGAUUCCACAAGCGAAAACUUCAGAGACAGAAAAAAGCACAAGAGUACAACAAGGAGCAGGAAAGGCUAGCCAAGAUUGCAGAAAGAAAAGAGCUACGUGAUGAAAGAAAGCGAGAUUUGGAGAACCAAUUGGCCGAAUUCAAAGAGAAAGCUAAGGAGAUAGCUGCUAUUAAUGGAGAUCUAGCUGUGUCUGAUGAUGAAGAGGAGGAGGAGGAGGAAGGGGAGGAGGUUAAGGGAGAACGGAUAGAAACGGGUGAGAAUGAUGAACCUGGGGAAUGGAAUGGAUUUAACGAAGGAGAAGCGGAAGCGAAUGGUGAAACAAAGUCAAGCAAUGGUUUCCUGUCAAGACCGGUGAAAGGAAUAUUGCAUCAUACUGAGGUUUACGAUCCUGUUGGUAAUGGAGGAAACGUUUUGCUUGAUGAUGAAACUACAGUAACAAUUGAGUCGAUUGAAAAUCCAAACUUCAGCAACGUGCCUCUCAAGGAGGUUGCAAAGGCAAAUAGAGUUGAUCUAGAGAAAUCCGAGGAAAUACUCGAAAAAUCUAUAAAGAGAGCAAAGGAUUAUGCUGUAUUGUGUGGAGUUGCUAAGCCUACGAAGGAAAAGAAACCAAAAAAGAAGUUUAGGUAUUUGAGUAAGGCGGAGCGUCGAGAAAACACAAGAAAGGAGAAGAUGAAGGGAAAGCUCCGAGGUAAGAAGUAA